CUUCCUCGUACCACGACCAUCUCCUUUACGACGACGACCAACUACACAGCCAUGUCUGGACUUCCCCCCGUCAUCGACUCCGCCCAGCCCGGCACCCCCUCCAGCGAGUGGGCGCGUUCGACCACUACCGCAGCACUAAGCCGCACAGAGCCUGCUCCCGCUUUCUCGACUACAAACGACAACACCUCAAUCCCACCCACCACAGGCGGUGUCUCCGUCUCUUCAGCCAACGACGCGCAGAAGGGCACGUUUGACGCCAAGACCUACCAUGUCGCCCCUACCACCCCCGGCUCUGAGUUCCCUGGCGCGUAUCCUCCUACGCCUGGAGAACGUGCUGGUGGUCCCAUAUCCGCUGACACGGUGAGGGAAACCGCCACGAACGCGGCCACGACCGCGCAGAGUGCAGCUGCCACUGCGGGCGGCUACAUCCAGUCUGCCGCGACGACUGCCGCGGGGUACCUGCCCCAAGGUGUCGUUGACACUGUCACUUCCUACAUCCCCUCUUCUACCACCACCUCUACCAUGUCCACCGCACGCGCAUCAGAGCACGACACGGAGCACAAGACCUCGUUCCCGACUCGCGAAUUCUCUGGCGCGAGCACUGGCGAGCGCACAGGCGGCGUCGGCUCCCUCCCCGGCCCUCUCAACGAGGCUGCCGUCACGAAGCUCCCCCACGAGCGCGUAGACGAGGAGAAGUACAUGACCGCCGCGGCUGCUGCCACCGCGCUCGCCGCUGGGGCAUACGCCGCCAAAGACCGCGUCGCGAACGCUCUUCCGUCCGCCCAAGACGCGUAUGACGCGAAGGACCGCGCCAUCGGUUCUCUGCCUUCGACUCAGUCAGCUUCGCAGACGCUCGGGCAGAUCUCGCAGAACACCGCGCAGACCGUAAAAUCUGCAGCACCCGCCAUCCCCGGCGUGACCAGCACCACGCACUCCACCGCCGUCACCGCCUCCACCAUCCCCAGCCGCGAGCUCAACGGCGCACAGCCGGGCGACCACUCCUCCGGCGCGGGCGCGCUCCCGGGCUUCCAAGACGAGCCGCACGUCGCGCGACUCCCUGAAGAGUCCGCGAACCCGCAGUACGACUCUGGUCCCAUCGACAGCGCGGCGCAGGCUGCGCUCAAACCCUCGCAGGAGCGCUUCGGCAACGAGUCCGCGACCGGCGAUAUGCGCCGCGUGGGCGGCGUUGGAGCCUUGGUCGGCGGCCGCGACGAGUCGGGUGUCGCACUGGCGCCCGAUGAGCGCGCGGGUACUGCUGCGUCUACGACUGGGGCGAGCAGGGUGUUGCCGUCGCAGGAGCCUCUUGGCAACGACGCGGUGGGUACGCCGAAGAAGGUCGGCGGCGUUGGGGCCCUUCCCGGCAACUUCAACGAGUCCGGCGUAGCUGUCCUCCCCGACGCGCGCGCGUCGACUGGUACCGGCACUGGUACCGUCACGUCGCCUAAGACGUCGACGCCCGCACCCGCAGUCCCUCCCAAGGACGAGCACGCCGACAACGGCGGUGAGAAGAACUUGAAGAGCUCUGCAGGUGGAACACACGGGAAGCCCAAUGAGAUGCAAAGGAUGGACGGACGGAAGGACGAGCGUGGGCAGCAGCACGCGCUCUCUGGGGACCCUGGGUCUGGUCGCACUGCAGAGUCCAUGGACCACCAGUCUGAUCAGGUUAAAGACAAGCCGCGCGAGCGGCAGGCAGACGCCCUGCACGCGACUCUGAGGCCUCGGGCACAUGCGCUCGGGGCGGAGGAGGCGCGCUGGGGCGGGGCGCCGCUCAGUGGCGCGAGUGCGCGCGAGCAGCUCGAGUCCGAUGAGCGAGCAGAAGGCGCCGCAUACGACACCGACUACCACCCCGCAGACCUGCACCCCGCGCCCACCACCCCGACCUCCCACUCUGACAAGGCCGACGACGAGUCGCGCCCGACGGAGUCGCGCCACGAGAGCGCGGCGCCCGACUCCCCUUCGACCACCGCGUCGCCCGCGACGAAGGCGAAGAAGGCGGGGUUCAUGGACAAGAUGCGCGGCGAGGCGAAGGUGCUGCUCGGGCGGAUGGAGCACAAUCCGGGCAAGGUCGAGGCGGGGCAGCGGCAGAAGGCCGGGGAGGCGUAAACGUCCUCCGGUCGGUGUACGCGUACCGAUUUGGACAGGUUGAUUUACUGUAAUGGUGUACGAUAGAGCCCGCGCAACGCGGCGUGUAAUCAUAAUU